AUGGCUACCGGUGAUGGAAUCCCGACUUUCAAGCUCGUUCUGGUGGGCGACGGUGGUACCGGCAAAACAACUUUCGUCAAAAGACAUCUUACCGGAGAGUUCGAGAAGAAAUACGUCGGUAUGGUUCUUGUUUUUUUCGGCGAAUUUCGUUUUGAUUAUUUCAAUUCAUAAAAAAAGUAAUUUUUUUUUAUUUCCAGCCACUCUUGGCGUCGAAGUCCAUCCACUUCUUUUCCACACAAACCGAGGGCAGAUCAGAUUCAAUGUUUGGGAUACUGCUGGACAAGAAAAGUUUGGAGGUCUCCGCGAUGGCUACUACAUCCAAGGUAAGAGUGCCUUGAAUUUUUAAAUGAUUUUUUUUAUUGGCGUAGAUCUCUUAGUAUUAUGAUAUGGGGUUUUUAGGACAGUGCGCCAUUGUCAUGUUUGAUGUCACUGCUCGUGUGACAUACAAAAAUGUUCCCAACUGGCAUCGCGAUUUAACUCGCGUUUGCGAGAACAUCCCGAUCGUUCUUUGUGGUAACAAGGUAAAUGAUUCAAUAUUUUCGGAGUCUCACGGGAAAAAAAUUUCCAGGUCGAUGUGAAAGACAGAAAAGUCAAAGCCAAGACUAUCACCUUCCACCGAAAGAAGAACCUCCAGUACUAUGACAUUUCUGCAAAAUCGAAUUACAACUUCGAAAAGCCCUUCCUUUGGCUUGCACGGAAGCUUCUAGGUGAUCCGAACCUUGAGUUUGUCGCUAUGCCGGCUCUUGCACCACCAGAGGUAAUUAAAAAUUCUCUUUAAUACAUCAUUAUAUAAUUAUAAUUUUUUUUAGUUCGAAAUGGAUCCUAAGAUGAUUGCACAAUACGAGAAGGAUCUGGGCGAAGCUGCAAGCGCCGAGCUUCCCGAUGAUGAUGAUGAUCUUUAA